AUGUACACCGUCGCUGUCUCUAUCGUCUCGACUGUCCUUGUCACCUUCCUCGGCAGCAGGGUCGGAACCUACCGCAAGGAGGCCGGCGUCCCCCUGCCCACCAUGUACGUCGAAGAGGCCGAGGCCAAGAAGGACAAGAAGAAGAUGAUCUUCAACUGCAAGCAGCGUGUCCACCAGAACACCCUCGAGGGUUUCACCUCCUACAUGGUCACGCUCAUGCUCGCUGGUGCCCGCUACCCUGUCGCCGCCCCCGUCCUUGGAUUGAUCUGGUGCGCUGGUCGCCUCGCCUACUCAUUCGGUUACACCUCGGGUGACCCCGCAAAGCGCGUGUACGGUGCUUGGGGACACAUUGGUGAUCUCGGUCUCUUGGGCUUGAACAUCAAGAUGGCCUUUGACUUGAUCAACGCCUAA